CCCUCGCAUGCUCGUUUUCUCUCUCUUCCCCUGCCGAGGGACGCCUCUUCCUUUCAUUGUAGGCAAUAAAAAGGAAUUGCAUACAAAAGAGCCACAACGCCAAUCGGCGAGAAGCAGACAGCUGCCAAACCCAACGUGAACUGAGGCGUUUUCCUCUUGAUCCGAGUGUGUGUCGGGAGUCGUCGAAAGAGUCAUUCCCAUAUGGGGCUUCAAAGGGGGUCUAAACCCCCCUCUACGCCAGAGCCCGACCUGCAGCAAAGCGGACCGGAGGCUGGAGGGAUCCUGGAUUCUUGUUUGCAGCCAAAGGUGGCUAGUUUUUUCCCCUUGAUAUUAGCCAUCACUAUUGGAUACUAAGGACUAAGAACUAAUUGGACUAAAUGAAGCGAACAAAGGCUUGACGUUCUAUCAUUUGGUGGAUGCAGAUGAAGAUGAAAAUAGGAAAACAGCAAUAGGACAAACAGUCAUUGACUGACCACAUCACAAACAGGCAGGCGCCGGUGCUGAUGCUGAGGAGGCUGCGCCGCUGAGAGACGCAGCGGACGGACAGACAAGCUGACGGACGGGCAAGCCACGGGGCCAGCCUGGGUGAAUGGUGGCCGGGCGGAAGGACGCGGCGGCAGGAUGGCGUCCACGGGCACGCAGAUCUUCGCCUUCGUGCUGGCGCUCCUGGGCAUCCUGGGCGCCACGGUGGCCACGCUCCUGCCGAACUGGAAGGUGAGUGCGGACGUGGGCUCCAACAUCAUCACCGCCAUCUCGCAGAUGCAGGGGCUGUGGAUGGACUGCACGUGGUACAGCACAGGCAUGUUCAGCUGCACCCUGAAGUACUCUGUGCUGGCACUGCCCGCAUACCUGCAGACGGCCCGCACGACCAUGGUGCUGUCCUGCGUGCUGGCAGCGCUGGGACUGUGCCUGGCCUCCCUGGGCCUCAAAUGCACUCGCUGGGGUGGUGGACGGCGAGCCAAACGUCACGCAGCGCUGGCGGCGGGCACCUGCUUCCUAGCCUCUGGCUUCCUGUGCCUGGUGCCCGCGUCGUGGUACACCAACGAGGUGAUCGUCAGCUUCCUGGAUGCCAACGUGCCCGAAAGCAACAAGUUUGAGCCGGGCGGCGCAGUCUACGUGGCGUUCGUCUCGGCAGGCUUUCUCUUCGUCGGUGGGUCCAUCUUCUGCCUGUCUUGUUCGGGGAAGCGCCAUGGCCCUCAGGACCUGAUCUUACUCCCUCCGGACAAACUCCUGCUGCAGCAACAACAGCAGCAGCUGCUCCAGCAACAACACCAAGAGCAGCUCCAGCACCAAUACUGCUCCCUAUCACCGCUGGACAACAAGACUGGCUACAGCCUGCAGGACUACGUGUAAAGAAGGAAAAAAAAAAACAAACAGCCUCAGCUAGACACGUGUGAGCGAGGCGCUGCCGUAAAAACGCACAAACCCCUGGCUCUGGCGAUUACCAGAUGAAAGGGGGAGGUGGACAGCAACUUUGAUGCACUCCCUCCUCCCUCUUCUCCCCCUUUUUUCUGAUCGGCAAGCACAAGCGGUAGUGGAGGUAUUCCCUAAGCAACGUCUUGGAACAGACGGAUCGUGAAUACUGAGGCAGCAGCAGCAGAUCUGCUGCGGGGAGAGCGCUGCGGUAGCAGCCGAAGCUGAAAGCAAUGACAGAGACGGAGGGAGAGAGAGAGAAAGAGAGAGAGCAGACGAUAAAUAAAAUGCAGAUAUCCGGUAUCCAAGCAAAUCGUAUUAAGAGUUCCUUGGGGAGUGGAUUAGCUAUGAGGAAAUCUUUCACUAUACCCCAUCCCCUUCCCAUCCCAAUCCCCCUUCCCUUACAUCCCAUUCCCCAAAGAUUAGAAAAUGAAAAGCAAUCAUUUAGCUGCUAACAAUCUUUUGGUAACCUCUAUUUUAAAGUAAGUCGGCAAUAUGAUGUCUCUUUGAGGCAAUAGUACGGGAAAGCCAGUUUGCAAGCCUUUCAUGGUUUUCUGGACCUGUCCACUUUGAGUAACAGUAGAACUAAUGAAAUGUCUUGUCUUAUUUUGGUAGCUGAUAGAAUGAUUGAUAUCCUGCCUAAGCAUGCUGACUGGAGCCUGUGCAUAAUGCAGCAGAAUGCCUGGUAGAGAACGAGUCAUAGCCACAUUGCCUGUGCCUAUAUAAAAAGAGAAAGAAAAAAAAGCUGUAGAAUAUUAUAGCGCUGGAAUUGUUUUGGGGGGGGGGGGUUGGGGGGUUUGGUAGACGUGACGAGAGAGUGAAUAGGGGUUGCUGGGUCAGGUAUGAGAAACUCGCACUCUGGUUGGCACAUCGAGGAUGGGACGUGAUGCCUGUACGUGAUGAGACACGGACAAUCUGACGUGUUGCUGUUCCAACGCUUUCUCAUUUAGCCCCCCGCACAAAAUCAAGCUGAGGCUGAGGCUGAGUGCAUGCUGCUCGCUGCUCGCUCACCCACACACAAACAAAAAAAGUGUACACCCGCGCAUACAUAUACACACACUCGAACUUACACACACACACACACACACUGAAAGAGUGAGCUGCAUGUGUGUGCUUUUUACUCGCGUCGCUACUCACUGCCAUGGAAACAGAGUCCUGCACCCAAAUAUGUGUAUACAUCGUCUGGGGGGCUGUGUCACUCUUUGCACUGCAGGCGGGCACUGUGCUUCUGUUGUCUCACAGUACUGGAGGCUGUUUUUUUUCUCUCAAGUCACUCCAGUCCAAAAGGGAUCAAUGUCUGGAGAGAAAACACCCACUUCACCCCUCUCUCUUGAGGCAUGAGGACCAACCCCAGCUGCGCAUUCACCUUCAUUUGGACAUUAUCAGCAGCCUGCCAAUCAAACAAUUCUGCUGCUUUAAAGGAGCUUCAAAGGCUAUGCUCAGACUGCCAGGCUGAAUACUAUAUAACAAUAUUUUCGGCAUAUCUAGAUUGUAUCUAGAUUGAUUUUCGAUAGCCUGCACAGGCAGAAACCACAUGAAAACACAUUUGGAGAUGGUUUGAAAUGCAAUUACACUUGGAUUUGUACUGUACGUUAAUACUGUGGUAUUGUGGUUUGUUGGUGUGGUGCAGUGGAUAACAUACCUGCCAGUGAGACUGGGGCUCAAUUCCCUGUCUGGGUGACUGAAUGCUGUGCUACACUAAUAGCCAAAAGUUCUUGGGCUAGACUCCUAAUUCUAAAUUGGCCCACCUCUUUCAUUUAAAUAAUUACUCUUGAUAAAAACGUCAGCUAAAUGCCAUAAAUGAAAAUGUACUAGACGUCUCAAUCUGGAUGCUAUGGACGCUUAAAUCAGAAUUUUGCGUUUAUUUUGCAUCACCUGAUGGAACAGACUCGACCAUAGCCUACCACAGAGUCUGUAAAAAUGUUCCCCAGAGCUUUAAAAAAGAAAUUGGGAAGCCACCUAUCAAGGGACUACAUGUUCCCAUUGGUUAAUUCUUUGCAGAUGGCACUGCACAAACACUGCAAAGACAGUGAGGCUGAGCAUGUCUACAGCAUGGAACUUUGCAUUCAUUAUGUACCUGCAGCAACCUGCAUCGCUGAAUUUGUCUGUUGCAAUGAAAAAGUUUGAUCCUGUAACUUUGCGAUAGGGCGAUUGUUUGAAGGGCCAUAUGAUGCACCUUCUAUUCUAUUUCUUUGGCUUCCAUGUAUAAAAGCUACACCAACAGCUUGGCGACUGACACCUAUAUCAGUACCUAAGAAACCCAUGCAGAUAGGUUUCUGAUGUCUGGAAACACCACUCCAAUCUGAAUUCAAUCUGAUCUUACCAGAUCACAUCUGAAACACAAAUCGGUUGCUGUUUGCCUGCAGUCUGAACAUAGCCUAAAUAUAAUACUUUAACUCCGUAGAUCUUUCAACAAAGAUCUUCCAAAGCCGUUAUUUACCUAAAAAACACUCUGGACGACUCUGGUUGACUCUGUUUUUCGAGGCAGUGAGGCUGCAGUUUUUCACGCUCUAAGUGUCUUCUAUCUGUGAUCUGCUGAUGUCCACUUUUUACCCAAAACUGCACUUUUCCCCUCGAGAUUCGAACAUCUAUUUUAACUUCCGAAUGCGUCAGCAGUACAUCUGCUGUCAGAUUCCCACCUGCAGCAGACCACUCUUCGUCUCUCAGCGCCAUACUGCCAUACUCAUCCUCAGUCUGUUUUUCCUGGCUGGAUGAGUGCAUAUGGAUGCUGCCUCAUGCAGCCAGGAAGGAACAGUUGCAUGCUGUAAGCACGUUUUGCAGUGCAUGUACACACUCGAUAUUCGCGAUUUCACAACUCCCGUGCCUGUGUGCCUGUGUGUGUGUGUGGGUGUAUGUGUGGGAUGGUGUGUAUGCUGGGUUUUGAAGCUACUGUAGUCAUGCUUCUCUUCUUACUUUGCUGAGGGGAGGAAUGCAUCUCCCAUGUUGCUGCUCUGCUCUGGCAAAGCAAGCUUUGGCAGUGACGGAUGGCACAGUGCAUUCUUCCUCUCAAACAGAUUUCCCACGGGUGAGCAGAUGGCUAGGCCCAGCUCGCCCCCUGCAGGCAGCCGUGGGCAUGCUGAGUGGGCACGGCUGAGCGCCGCACUGCCCUUCUGGGGCGGAUUAGCCCACCCUUCAGCCAACAAUGUCAGCACCUGGGCCAUGAUAACUACCCCAUGCACACGUUACUCAAUGCAAUAAGUACCCCUCCUCCCCCCUCAUGUUAACCAUACACUGCCAUGUUUCAUUUGAGAAUGUGCCAAAUCCAUGUCUAUUUUUGCAAUAUGUAUCUAUAUGUACUGUGUUCUGCUUGCCAAAUGACUGAAGUGAUGAAGGUAAUAUGAUUAUGAUUUAAAGGAUCGUCCUCUGUCCUGUCAGGUACGGAAAGAUGGAUGUUUACAUAGCACCAACAUGAUGACCAAUUCCAGGUUUUUUCGUUCUAUUCCGAGACAGUCAUUCCAUCAUAAACUAAAAAAUGUUUGUGUCGACUAGGAGAGGCUUUAAAGAUUCAGGAUAUUUAAAGAAAUGUUUUCCAUGCUUUGGGAUUCCUUUUUACGUACAUUCCACAAAGCAGUAUUUAUCGCCAAUUUGGCAGCUUGUUAUUUUGUUAUCUUCUGUGUUCUAAUCUUUUUGGUUUGUUCGAGAGAAUAUUAUGCAGUUCUGAUCUCAGUUCCAACACCCAGGCAUGUUUAUAGUGAAUCUUCUUUAUAAGAAGACAACACAUUUUACACCUUUUCUUGUGUAACCCCAUUUUACUGCGGUUUUAUUUUGGUGAAACAUUGAGAAAAAGAAAAAAAAAACAACAACACAAAGAAAGGCAGAUGAAAUGUAAAUAGUACUAGUGUGGAGAGAAUGCAAAUUUUGGUCUGGUAAAGUGUACCAGUCUAAACUAAGAGUAUAUAUAUUACAGUGUAGCUUGUUAUUAUUAGCACAUUAUAACAUGAGCUUCAAGUGGCCUAAGCAAAACAGAGCGGCCCCUGGUUCUGUUUGGUGACAAAUUCUAAUGGUUCUCAAUUGGAUAACUGCAGCUAAUUCUUUUCGUGAACGCUUCAGCACUUUUUGAUUUUGCAGAGAAUCGAGGUUUAAAAUGUUUAUCUACUGUUGUUUCAGUCUGCUUGUGCAAGUAGUUAUAUUUUUUAUUAAUAAAACUAUUUUGUGGAAGCAACA